AUGCAGCAAAAAAUCACACGGGAUGUACGCAUUGUCUUUAGUCUGUUGGUUAAUAUGAUUACUGAAUGUUUGCCUGGGAAAACCUACAUUGUUCAAAUAAAGCGGGGUGAUAAGAUAAACGCCUCCUCCCCUGUUCUUACUGCAGAUGAUAAAGGUAUCGUUCAUGUAGGAUUGAAACGUAUUUUCACAUCAACACUUCAGCGUCGAAAUGACUGGAAUUAUAAACGCAAAGAACUUAAGUUUUCUAUUACGGAGGUUCAUACACAAAAGGUAAUCCGAUUGUGUUACGAUAUAAGUAAAAGUAUGGAUGGAGAAUGCUUCCCUAAAAGACGAGUUAUCAUGAAAGGCCGAGAAGGUUCACCACAACUACAGUUUGAGUUGGAAGGAACAGAAGAAACACGUUAUAACCAAGAACAUGGGAUUGAAUUGACUUCAAAUAUAUCGUUUACUUCCUACAUGCGCGAACCUAGCAGUGAAUCCUUGUCAGGUCAACCUGGUAUUAUCGAAUGUCGUGAGGGUGAUUCUGUAGAAUCUUCUCUGGCAUUAAGUGAGUUUGAAAGUGUUGUUGAUAGUGUAACUGAGGCCUCAAUUGAGGAGAAGAAGAAGAAGAAUGAAAAUGCCCAAUUGGAAGAGAACCGAGAGAAUACAAAGGAGUAUGGGGUAAAUAACACUACUAUGGAGAGUAUUUCACCAUCAUGUAGUGAGUUUUAUCAUGGGCAAAACAUCUCCUUUAUGACGUAUGAAACACAGGCAACAAAUUAUUUAAACAAGGAUAAGCAUACACUAGAAACUCAAGAUAAAGAAGGUUUAACCUCAGAUAUAAUUAAAGGAAAUGAAAUUAAACCUCCACCCAAGGUUCCUUUAAGGAGAAUUGUUAUUUCUUCUUAUUCUUCUUCUUCUUCUUCUGAUCUCGUACUGGAAGCAGUGAAACGGAUUCAUAAUACUGUUACACUAGAUUCAAUAUCUACUGAAAACUUGAAAUCAUUAAAAAAACCUCCAACGGGAGCUCAACUUGCGAUGAACUAUUAUUUGAAAUGGAAUGGAGAAUCGCAAAGAUGUUUUAUUCUGCACUUUAUAGCGCACGUUAUUAUUGAAGUUUGUAGGGAGACACGCCAUUUAGGAGACUGGCUAAGUCUCUUAACGCAUGUUAUGUACCGUUCUAUUCUCUACGCGCAUGGCGAAUUAAAAUCCUCUAGUAUUCACGAGGUAACUCUUCAAAUUGCUGAGAUAUCCAGUUUAGACGAUAAAAACUUUAUUUCUAGAGGGAAUCAAAUUAUAGAAAAAUUAGCAGAUCAUUUGAAUCUUUCUGCUGCCUCAGAGCUUUUCUGGAUAGCAGGAUUAGAGUACUGCGCUGCUACUAUUGUCUCUUUACCCAUGCUUCACCUUGAACGUUUGUGUAAUAAUUUUCCGAUGAUUCUUCCAUUUUCAGAGGAAGCAUCCUUUUCCUUUGAGGAAUAUAUUAUUACUGGUACGACAAUACUGUACUCUGAGCUCAACUCUAUAAUAUCAACCCUGAAUUCCACAUCUGGAGGGGAAGAACCUCAUCUCAUUUACACUACCCCUCCUUUAUACAGAAUUGUUCUUGUGACUAUUGUUAGGGAGCUUUUUAUCAGGAUACUAUCAGUCAUCACUAAGGGUAUGUAUAAGCAUUCAUGGAGUGAUGAUAAUUCAGGAUCAUAUAUUGCCCUUAGGGUCCUAAAACUUAGUAAGUCGUGGGCCAAGAAAAAUCGUUUACUAUCGGCACUGUCAACAUGUUUAAUGCCUUUAAUUGCUUAUUGUGACCUUGUUCUCUUUCCAGAUGAACUUUUACAAGGGGAUAGUUAUAAAUCUUUAAUAAUAAGAUUUCCUCCUCUAGUAGAUGUGGUUAAUGAAAAUGAUUCAGAAUAUUCCAAUUCUCAAACGAUACUUGCAAUGAUUUCAGAUGGUUUAGAAACUACAAAAGAAUUUUCUCUCUUUAACACGUUAAUAGAAUUUACACCCAGUAAAUGCGACAAGAAAUCUAAUGUGGAGGAUGGAAUCUGGGGAUUGCUUGAGGUCUUGAAUGGCGAUGAGAGUGAGGCCAGAGAAAUUAUUUCCACUGAGGAAAUUUUUCAUGGUACUGGAUUUAACGGUAUAAAAAAUACUUUACAUGUUCCAGGACUGGUACUCCCACUUUUGCGAAACGAAGUUAUGAACCUCACAGAAAGUCAAAUCUCUUGA